AUGGAGGAGGAGAAGGUCUGGAUGGCUUCAUACCAUCUUGAAGACAUGGCACAGCUCUGGUAUAUCCAGCUGCAGGAGGACGAGGGCACUCCUCGAUGGAGUCGAUUCAAAGAUCUCCUCCACCUGCGUUUCGGGCCGCCUAUCCGCUCCGCUCCACUCUUCGAGCUCGCCGAGUGCCGACGCACAAGGUCCGUUGAGGAGUACCAAAACCGCUUCCGAGCGUUGCUGACCCGCGCCGGUCCAUUGGAGGAGGGGCAGCGCGUCCAGCUCUUCACGGGCAGCCUCCUACCGCCACUCAGCCACGCGUUUUUGAAAGGACAGCCUGUGUUGGGGGCUUGCUGCAGAACCAAUAUUGUUGGAUUUCACAUUACUGAUUUUCUGAGGCAGUGUCUAAAAUAUCCCUAUCACAUGACAAGUAUUGCAUGGGAAAAGGCUGAAGAGCUGAAGAAGGAGCAUUGUUAUAUAGCUCUUGAUUAUAUGGCAGAGUUGCAGAUAUUUAAAAACAAUAAGGAAGAAGCUGAUGACAAAAUGAGGUAUUGGCAACUACCAUGGGUGCCCCCACCAAAGGAAGAACCACCAUCUGAGGAAGAACUUGCAAGGAAAGCAGCUUUGAAGGAAAAGGCUGGUCAGCGUUUGCGAGACAUGGCUGCUGCAAAGAGAUCUCAGAAGAUAGUGGAACUAGAAAAACAACUUUCCUAUCUGGAGGAACUAAUGGAACAACUUGAUGAAGCUGAGGAAGAAGAAGCAACAACUAUUCUAGGUAGCUCUAGAUAUCUUUCCCAGCAGGAAAUAAGAGCUGCCAUUUUAAAAGCAUCACAAUCUUUAAGGAAAGCAAAAGGGGAGUCCAAUGGCAACGAUGAGAAAACAGAUGCCUCAGCAGUUGAUAAGUAUCCACUUGUAUCUGUCCCUGAUGGGACACUGACGCCAGAACAGUUAAAGGAAAAGAAGAAACAAAUCUUACUUAAAACCACAACAGAGGGCAAAUUGCGCGCUAAGCAGAAACGUGCUGAAGAGGAAGCUUUGCAGGAGAAACAAGAAGAAAAGGGGCGUGCGGAGAACCCAGAGUUAUACCUUGAAAAGCUUCAGGCCCGAUAUUCAGAACUUUCUGAUAAAUUUGAGCAGAGGAAGCGACAGAAAGUUAAUGGUAGUCAGACAAAUGGGAACCAUAGUUCAUCUGCAGGUGUAGGCUGUGGAGAACGACUAAAUGCAGCUCAGAAAGAAAGGAUGCGGCUGCUUGCCUCAGCUGUUUUUGAUCGGGGCAAAGGUGAGGACACUUUUGGAAUGAGAGAAGAGGAUUGGUUAGUGUACAACAAGAUGAGCAAAGACAAUGAUGAUGACAGCAAUGAUGAUGACGAAUCGGAACUUGUUCGAAUUUCAUCGAAGCUCCAGGAGAUUGAUCCUACAUUUGUGUCCAAAUCCGAAGUUGUUCAACUGACUCCGGAGCCACCCAAAGUCCGGCCAUAUCGGUAUCCGGCGGCCCACAAAGGCUUUCGCGCCCUGCACCCGGCGUUCCAGCUCGAGGACAAGCUGCUCUUCGAGGAGGAGAGAGAUGUCAUGUACAGCCAGCCCUACGUCAGGCAACGGCGCGCCCGGGAUGUGCGGCGUGCGCAUGAGCGAGCCCAGGAGGCAACAGCCGCCGGCUCUAGUGGAUAGGGUAGAAACUAAAUAAGUUUGUUUGCAUGCCUAGAAUUAUGGAUAGAAACUAGAUAAGUUUGUUUGCAUGCCUAGAAUUAAGGGUUGUUUGCAUGCCUAAAAUUAGGGAGCAGUUAGCUCCAUGCGGUUAGUCCUAGGGGCCUAUAUAUUCCUGUAACCAGACCUGAGUUGGGAAUUAAGAAAGAUCAUUAUCCUAAUCUCUCUCUCUCUCAACUAAGCCAACGGCAGAGGGGCAUAACCUCGCCGAAGAAGACGACGGACCGCGGCUACGAUCUCCGUAGCCGAGGGCCACCUACCCUAGACACUAAGGCCCUUGACAAAGU